CGUAGAAUUCAGUGCCCCAUGGAAGUCAGUUUCCCCUGCUUAUUGUAUGUAGUACAUGCAAUCGGGUGGGCUGGCGAGUCGUCUUCUGCACUUUAGCCAAGGUGAGAGAAAUCAUGGCAUCAGCAACCCCACCUAACUUUUCCUGGGUUGAACCAAAUAAACUAGCAGGAAUGGCCUUACCUCGGAUGCCUGCCCACUAUCAGUAUUUGCUGGACAAUGGGAUUCAGCAUUUGGUUACACUGUGUGAAAGAAAGCCUCCUUACCAUGACACAUGCCCAGGUGUGACGUUGCACCACAUAAGAAUAAUUGACUUCUGCUCCCCCACCAUGGAUCAGAUCAAACGAUUUCUUGCAAUUGUUGAAGAGGCCAAUGCAAAGGGAGAGUUAGCACAGGAACUUCGCAAGAAGCAUUUGGAACAGAGGGAGACUGCCAAACGUGUACCCACAGCUGAAGCUUGCAACCUGGCUGACAGCUGCAAGAGACGCCAAUGCCAGGGGGUUGCCGUCCACUGUCUUCACGGUCACGGAAGAACAGGAACAAUGCUGGCUUGCUAUCUGGUGAAGAACAGGAAGAUUACAGGGGUUGAUGCAAUCCAUGAAAUAAGGAGACUUCGUCAUGGCUCCAUAGAAACACAGGACCAAGAAAAGACAGUUGUUCAGUUCCAUCACCAUAUCAAAUAAUUACAUUCAUGGGUUUAAAAAAAAAAAAAUAAAAAAUUGACAUGCAUUAAUAAGAAGGCCUUCGUCUUUUUAAAAUACUCUUCUAUUAUUAAGGAGGUUAUGUUUAAUACCUCAUAUCUAACAUUGCUUGUUACAACAGGGAACAUUGUAACCCUUGGUGGGGGUCUGUGUUUUGUCUGCUCCUAGAUUUCACAUAGUGAUAUAGUCAAAUAAGGGUAAGAAGCAUGCCAUUUGUUGCAUUUAAUAUUGUGCUAUUAUGACCUCUGUAUACGGGAAAUGAUAGUUUAAAAUUGUGUUGCAUAGCGCAAGGCUAGUGACGAAACAAGCUUGCUGGCAGUGUAAUCUGUGGUUUUUAAUUGCUCAUCAAAUUAUGUAAGUAUGAAUGUCAUUGUUAUUAAAGUAAAGCUGACCAGAGACACAAACAAAUUAAACAAUUGUUUAAGAUGAAAUUUAAAGUAGCACUAUUGUUAGUAAAGCUAACUAUUACACUUUAACACACCUGAGUGAAGAAAUCAUUAGCAAAUGUAGCAUCUGCCCUGAUUAUUGCCACACUCAUAUAUGUAACAAUUGUUUAAGUAACAACAUGUAUUAUUUAAAAAAAUACUCUUGGAGUAUUACAGAAAUGAUGCAAUUGUAUUUCCGUAACACUGUAAUUAUUUGUUAAAUGUUUCCAUUAAGAUUCUCUUGUAGAAUGAAACAGAUUUGUUAAUGUGCUAUGCAAAAGUUGUGCCAAUAGGCAACUUCCAUUGAAGUCUAUUUUUUGAACGGUGUUGUAUUAAUAGUUAUGUCAUGCAAUUGCCCUUUCUCACUCAGCAUUGUGACCUCAGUAUCAAUAGCUUCACUAUGAUAUGAAUUUCAAUUUAAUACAAAAUAUGUCUGCUAAAAGA